AUGUUUCAGCAGAUUGCAGCUGAUGAACCUCCACCAGAAGGCUGCAGUGCGUUUGUGGUUAUCCAUGAGAAGCACACCUGUAAGACUAAUGAAAUAAAAAAGCUGCUCAAGAAGGCUACUAAGAGACCGAGGCCGUAUCUUUUUAAGGGAGAUCACAAAUUCCCAACUCUGAAAGAGGAUGGCCCAGUGGUUGUUCUUUAUGCAGAAAUGGGUACGAAAGACUUUGUCAAAUUCCACAAGAUUUUAUCUGAGAAGGCGCAAAAAGAGGAAAUUGUUUAUGUUCUCCGGCAUUAUGUUCAGAAACCAAGUUCCAGAAAAAUGUAUUUAUCUGGAUAUGGUGUAGAACUUGCAAUAAAGAGCACAGAAUAUAAAGCAGUAGAUGACACACAGGUUAAAGCAAAUGAGACAAAAGAUGAGGAAGAUGAUGAGGAGGAAAGUGAUGUCCAAGGAUUUCUCUUUGGCAAAUUAAAACAGAUGCAUCCUGAUCUGAAAAAUAAUCUAAAAGAGUUUAAAAAACAUCUAAUUGAAACUGCUAACAACAUGGAACCACUGAAGGUUUGGGAGCUACAAGAUCUUAGCUUUCAAGCAGCUGCUCGAGUUAUGUCUACCCCUGUUUAUGAUGCCUUAAAGGUAAUGAAAGACAUAGCUCAGAACUUCCCAAUAAGAGCCAGAUCACUGACCAGAGUGCCUGUAGACAAGAAAAUGCGAAAUGAAAUAGAAGAAAAUCAAAAGCAUUUUUAUGAAAUACUUGGAAUCCAACCUGGAGAAGCACGUUUAUUUCUAAAUGGCCUUCAUAUUGACCUGGAUUUUCACGAUCCUUUUAGGUAUAUCUUAGAGACUCUUAAACUGGAAGGAAAAGUGAUGCAUGGCCUUCAUGAACUUGGAAUCAAAGAGGAGAUCCUGAGUAAAUUUAUGAGGUUACAUAUACAUCCUACAGAUGAUAGUUAUGCGCUAGAUAUUCGUCACUCUUCGAUAAUAUGGGUUAAUAACAUAGAACAAGAUCACAGCUAUAGCACAUGGCCUGCAAGCUAUCAGGAACUGCUAAAACCCGCAUUUCCUGGAGUUAUACAGCAGAUUAGACGCAAUUUAUAUAAUUUGGUACUUUUUGUUGAUCCUGUCCAAGAAGAUACAGGUGAUUAUAUGAAACUGGCAGAAUUAUUCUAUCAUCAUAAUUUACCACUUAGGUAA